AUGCCUUACCUCCAUCGGGCCCCAGGGCCCCAGGAGCACCCAACUCCCAAGGAUGCCCGCAUCACUCAUUCCUCAGGCCAGAGCUUCGAGCAGCUGAGGCAGGAGAGCUUGCAGAAGGGCAUCCUGUUUGAGGAUGCAGACUUCCCAGCCAACAGCUCCUCUCUCUUCUACAGCGAGAGGCCCCAGAUCCCCUUCAUAUGGAAACGACCAGGGGAAAUAGUGAAAAACCCAGAAUUCAUCCUUGGAGGGGCCACCAGGACUGAUAUCUGCCAGGGGGAGCUUGGCGACUGCUGGCUAUUAGCCGCCAUUGCCUCCCUUACGCUGAAUGAGAAAGCGCUGGCCAGAGUCGUCCCCCAGGACCAAGGCUUCGGCCCCGGUUACGCUGGCAUAUUCCAUUUCCAGUUUUGGCAGCACAGUGAAUGGCUGGACGUGGUGAUCGAUGACCGACUGCCCACCUUCAGGGACCGCCUGAUCUUCCUCCACUCGGCCGACCACAAUGAGUUCUGGAGUGCCCUGCUGGAAAAAGCGUACGCCAAGCUGAACGGGAGCUAUGAGGCUCUGAAGGGGGGCAACGCCAUUGAGGCCAUGGAAGACUUCACCGGGGGCGUAGCAGAGACCUUCGAAACUAAACAGGCUCCAGAGAACUUCUAUGAGAUUCUAGAGAAGGCCUUGAAGAGGGGCUCUCUGGUGGGCUGCUCCAUUGAUAUCAGAAAUGCUGCAGAAUCUGAAGCCCGGACACCUUUUGGUCUUAUUAAGGGUCAUGCCUACACUGUGACAGGAAUUGACCAGGUAAACUGCCGAGGCCAGGAAAUCGAGCUCAUCAGAGUCCGGAACCCUUGGGGCAAGGUUGAGUGGAAUGGGUCCUGGAGCGACAGUUCUUCUGAAUGGCGUUUCGUCACCCCAGCUGAGCAAAGGCGCCUGUGUCACACUGCCCUCGACGACGGGGAAUUCUGGAUGGCAUUUAGGGACUUCAAGGCCCAUUUUGACAAAGUAGAGAUCUGCAACCUCACUCCUGAUGCCCUGGAGGAGGAUGCUCUCCACAAAUGGGAGGUGACAGUCCAUCAAGGAAGCUGGGUGCGGGGCUCCACAGCUGGGGGUUGCCGCAAUUUCCUGGAUACCUUUUGGACCAAUCCACAAAUAAAACUGUCCCUGACUGAGACAGAUGAGGGGCAGGAGGAGUGCACUUUCCUUGUAGCCCUGAUGCAGAAAGAUCGAAGGAAACUCAAGAGGUUUGGUGCCGACGUGCUGACCAUCGGCUAUGCCAUUUACCAGUGCCCCAGCAAAGACGAACACCUGAACAAGGACUUCUUCAGAUACCAUGCUUCCCAGGCCAGAAGCAAAACCUUCAUCAACCUGAGAGAAGUCUCGGACAGGUUCAAGCUGCCCCCUGGGGAAUACAUCCUGAUUCCCAGCACUUUUGAGCCCCAUCAGGAAGCCGAUUUCUGCCUGAGGAUCUUUUCAGAGAAGAAAGCCAUUACCCAGGACAUGGAUGGACGUGUCGACAUUGACCUUCCUGAGCCUCCAAAGCCGACUCCACCUGGCCAAGAGACAGAGGAGGAACAGCAGUUCCAGGCCCUGUUUGAGCAAGUGGCUGGUGAGGACAUGGAGGUGACAGCAGAGAAACUUGAAUAUGUUUUAAAUGCUGUGCUGCAAAAGAAAAAGGACAUCAAAUUCAAGAAACUCAGCCUGAUUUCCUGUAAAAACAUCAUUUCUCUAAUGGAUACCAGUGGCAACGGGAAGCUGGAGUUCAGUGAAUUCAAAGUGUUCUGGGACAAACUGAAGAAGUGGACAAACCUUUUCCUUCAGUUUGACGCUGACAAAUCUGGCACCAUGUCCUCCUACGAGCUGCGGACUGCCCUGAGAGCCGCAGGCUUCCAGCUGAGCAGUCACCUCCUGCAGCUGAUCGUCCUCAGGUACGCGGACGAGGAGCUCCAACUGGGCUUUGAUGACUUCCUCAACUGCGUGGUCCGGCUGGAGAACGCGAGCCGGGUGUUCCAGGCCCUCAGCACCAAGAACAAGGAGUUCAUUCAUCUCAACAUAAACGAGUUCAUCGUCUUGACAAUGAACAUUUGAGGCUUCCCUGGCAGGGAUGUGGCCUGUCCAACUGAGUCUUGACUUUUUGACCAUGAACUUCAUAAUGUCUCCUGGUGUAGAGCCGUCAUGCCCAGGGCUCUCUCCCUUUCUGUUGUCCAACCCUCUCCCCACCAUACACGCUCCUGAUCUUGGAAGAAUGAAAUGGACUCAGCUAUGCUCUUUGAUUUUAUGCUACUUCUUUAUAAAAUCACUGCCCUAACAUGGCUAAUGCCACCACCUGUGCCUUACAUCCAGGAUCAGGCAUCUCGAGCCAUUCCUCCCUCUACUCUUCCUACCUCAUCCCAUUACUAAUUAUUCAAAGUUCUAGUGCACAGCCCUGGCUUCACUGUAGCCUUAAUCAUUGUACUCAAACAUAUCCUACAGAGCAAUGUUUUUAUAAAUGUGUAUGUAGCCUGAGAUGAGAAGGGAAAGGUAUGAGGUCAUAAUUAAGCAGUUUCUGCAUCAUAAAUAUGUUUCCUUAUUGGGGCAAACAUCAGGGAAUUCUGGAUGCUUACUGGUAAGACUGGUACAAUGUGAAAAUCUCUACCUCCUCCUCCAAGAGCUGGUAACUAAGACAGUCUCUGUCCAGUCCAGAUAUUCUUUGUGUCCAAAGUUUUUGGGUCAGAAAAGCCAAAUACAAUAUUAUUUCUUCUCGGGGAGUCCAGAUUCAGGUCAGACUUGAUCUCAUUCAUCUCUACCAUGAUGAGGAAUUACAGAGUGGAGAAGUCUUUCUCUAGCUCCUUUGACACUAGACAGGAAAACUCCACUGAACUGGAAUCGUGGAAAAUAACAUGAUAAGAUAUUGGCUCAAUAAAUGCUAGAUUUCAUUUUCUUAUUAAUAUACUUGUGACAGAUGAGGUGGAAUGGAGGGACAUGCAGGGAGGGAAGUGGAGGGAAUAGUUGAGAUGAAGAUAGAAUUAGAAAUGGAGCUUCAUAUUCCACUGCUGGGUAUUUAUCCAAAGAACUUGAAAACACCAGUGCGUAAAGAUACA